AUGGAGUCGACGAUGAUUAUGUUGUGGGUGGUGGCGUUUGUGUGUGUGGUUUAUUUGGUGAUGAUGAAGAAGAGGAUUGGUGAGAGAAGGCUCCCACCGGGAUCGUUAGGAAUUCCGAUAAUCGGGCAAACCCUGGAGCUUCAGAAGGCGAUGCGAGCUGAUAAAAGUGAUGAGUGGUUCCAAGAAAGGGCCCGAAAAUAUGGCCCGGUUUCGAAGAUGAACAUAUUCGGAAAGCGGACAGUGUUUCUAACGGGCCAAGCUUACAACAAAUUUAUAUUCAGCAGCAACGAGCAGACGCUCUCCAACAAGCAGCCGGAGUCAAUGAGGCGGCUGCUCGGCGAGAAGAAUUUGUUCGAGAUGAGCAGCGAAGAUCACCGGCGGUUGAGGGGAGCAAUCCUCUCCUUCUUGAAGCCAGAUGCCCUCAAACAGUAUGUCGGAACGAUGGACCAUGAGAUCAGAUUGCAUCUCACUCAGCAUUGGCAUCACGACCAUGUUAUAUCGGUAAUGCCGCUGAUGAAGAUACUGACAUUCAAUAUGAUUUGCACGCUUCUGUUUGGAAUGGAGAGAGGAGAGAGAAGACAAACCCUGGUGCAUCUCUUCCAACUAGUUAUGGACGGACUGUUGUCCGUGCCGACAAAUAUCCCCUUUACGCGCUUCAACAGAAGCAUACGCGCGAGGUCGGAAGUUGGAGCCAUCAUAAGGGAACUGAUACGCGAGAAGAGAGAGAAGCUUGGGAGAGGAGAAGCUGGGCACGAUCUCAUCACCAGCUUGCUGAGCAUGUGCGAUGACGUCGGCUCACCACUCUUAUCUGACCAGGAAAUCGAGGACAACUGCGUGGUGGCGAUGAUCGCCGGCCACGACACCACCUCCACGCUUCUCACAUACUUAAUCAAACUCAUAGUUGAACACCCAAAUGUUUAUCAACUUCUCCUCAAAGAGCACAAAGAGAUUGCGCGAGGGAGUGAUCCUCUGGCAUGGGAAGAUCUUGGUAAAAUGAAGUACACAUGGAGAUUUGCGAUAGAGACGUUGAGGAUGUAUCCGCCAGGACUGUUCGGGUUUAGGCAAGUUGUUCGAGAUAUUGAGAUUGGGGGAUACGUUAUUCCUAAAGGGUGGCAGGUGUUCUGGGCGGGAUGCAUGACCCACUUGGAUGGAUCCAUAUACCCGGAUCCGUACAAGUUCAACCCCUCGCGUUUCGAAGAUCAAGCAGCGAUGCCACCAAAUACCUUCAUACCGUUUGGAGGAGGUGCGAGGCUUUGCCCAGGCAACGAAUUUGCAAGAAUAGAGACAUUGGCGUUGAUUCAUUACUUGGUCACUCGCUUUACUUGGAAGCUCUGUUUGGAAGAUAAUACGGUCAGCAGAGAACCCAUGCCGGUUUUCAAACAAGGCCUACCCAUACAUAUUCACAUCACCGACCCUUUAUAAAACAUGAUGCAAUAAUAAUCUAAAUGACGGUAAUUGUCAACCCCUUUCCACUAGCAUAAUUCACACUUUCUCGUUAAAUUAGAUAAUGAAAUAAAAAAUAAUACUUGUACGUGAGUUUAUCAUUUAUGUGGAGGGAAUCUAUAUAAAUAUGAAAGGAGAUUUGUCUAAAA